AUGGCAGGCGACUCGACGGGAAUGAGCUUCUCGCACCUCAAGAACAACACCAACAAGAAGUGGUGGCUCGAUCCUUGCCUGCGCGUCAAUGUGGUACAGUGUAUCGGGCUGUACUUUUGCGUGUUUUACCUUGGCUAUGAUGCAGCCCUUCUCAAUGGACUACAAGCGAUGCCUCAAUGGCAAGAAUACUUCGACAGCCCCUCGGGGAACUUCCUUGGCCUAAUCUCUGCGUCAUUGUUCCUGCCUGCAAUUGUCACGCCCUACAUCAGUGCAUGGAUCAAUGGCAUCUGGGGUCGUAAGAUGGCUCUGACAGUGGGAUCGGUUAUCCUGAUUAUUGGUGCAUUCAUCAAUGCAUUCGCAAAGAACGUUGGAAUGUUCAUCGCGGGUCGCGUCCUUAUAGGAGCAGCUGGUCCGUUCGGAAAGACAACAGCCAUCGCCUUGCUCCAGGAAGUGGCACAUCCACGCCUUCGGCCCCUCCUUUCGACUUGUUUCUACAGCAACUACUACAUUGGAGCCGCAAUCGCCUCAUGGUUCUGCUAUGGCGCCCUAGACUGGGGCACGACCGAUUGGGCGUGGCGGGCGCCAUGUCUCUUCCAGAUCUUCGCUCCGAUGAUGGUCCUUUGCCAUCUGUUGAUCGUCCCAGAAUCGCCACGCUGGCAGAUCCACAAGGAAAGGACCGAGGCCGCCAUGGCAACUUUAGUAAAGUGGCAUGCGAAUGGAGACCAGGAUGACGAACUUGUCAAACACGAGUACAAGGAGAUCUGUUAUGCAUUGGAGUUGGAGGCCGAGAACAAGAGCACGCGUUACAUGGACUUCCUCAAGACACCCGGCAACCGCCGGCGACUGUUGGUCCUCGUCACUAUGGCCACCGGAACCAAUUGGAUCGGAAACGGAAUCAUCUCUUACUACCUGGCCCCUGCUCUAAAGCUAGUGGGGAUCACGGACGCGCACCAGAUUUCUGGCAUCAAUGGCGGUCUUGCAGUUUGGAACUUGUUCCUCGCAUAUGCUGGCUCACUGAACGCAGAACGCGUGGGCAGAAGGAAGCUCUGGUUGACAUCAACCAUUGGCAUGCUGUGCUCCUACGUCGUCAUGACUGGUCUGUCUGGCAGCUUUGCAGAGAACAAGACCCGAGGCGUCGGCAUCGCAGUGGUGCCGGUGAUGUUCAUCUACUAUGGCUUCUACGAUAUCGGCUGGACCCCGUUGCCGUUCUCCAUUCUGCUCAGCGUUCAGAGCGUUGCGCAAGCUUUCAAUCAGUGGGUCAACCCUGUCGCCUUGAAGAGCAUCGCCUGGAAGUACUAUAUCGUCUACGUCGUACUCAUCGCCAUGUACUUGGUGCUCAUCUGGUUCUUCUUUCCCGAGACAAGGCGCCUCACGAUCGAAGAAGUCAGCUUCGUUUUCGAUACUGGGCGAAUGGGUACCGGGCAUGCAGCGACACAACAUUUGCACCAGCGGAGUCAUAAGGACGAGGAGGGAGUAAUGGCGGAUGUGAAUCCAGGCAAGGAGGACGCUGGACCACCGAAGUCGGGUGACAGUGCUCAUGUCGAGGAGUUGGGCAGCCGACAUUGA